AUGCCGGCUCCCGAUAAAUUUGAGGUUGGUUUUUUUUUGAAACGGAGUUGCACAAAAGUUUUAUUUGGAAACUUUAAAAAUACAAUAAAAAAUUAGCUUCCCAUGCCGGGAAUCGAACCCGGGCCGCGUGGGUGAAAACCACGAAUCCUAACCACUAGACCACAUGGGAGGACGAUAAACUCAUGCCUCAAUUGCAAACAUAUCUCUCACUCUUUGUAUUUGUUCAGAAAGACCUUGAAAAAUAUGAGGAAAGUGUACGAAAACAUGUGGAAAAGGUUAAUUUACAACUCGAUGAACAACUAUCAACAAUUCGACGGAAAAUAUCUGAGAAAAAAGAAUCUGCGAAAAAAUUAGAAGAAGAAACUAGAAUAUUAGAAAUGAAUGAAGAAAAAAUGAAAAAAAGAAAUUGA